UUAAUAAUCUAGAUACCUCUUGGUUGAAAUUUUUGAUUCUCACCCAAGCUCUAUUGACACCCACUUGUCGUAGGAUCACAGAUGUAUUUGAAUCUAUUCGAUAUAUCGCUGCUCAAUUCUUACCUUUUAAACAUCCGGUUUGUGAAAGGUAUUUGACUUGAUCUAAGAUGGCUAUUCGUCCAGUAUACAGACCAAGAAUUGUCAAGAAGAGAACCAAACAUUUUAUCCGCCACCAGAGUGACCGUUACAAGAAACUGAAGCAGUCAUGGAGAAAACCCAAAGGCAUUGACAACAGAGUUCGUAGGCGCUUCAAGGGUCAGUACCUCAUGCCUACAAUUGGUUACGGAAGCAACAAGAAGACAAAACACAUGCUUCCUACUGGCUUCCGGAAGGUUCUGGUGCAUAAUGUGAAAGAACUGGAAGUAUUGAUGAUGCAGAAUCGCAAAUUCUGUGCCGAAAUUGCCCAUGCAGUGUCAUCAAAGAAACGAAAGUCUAUUGUUGAACGAGCAAUGCAGCUUUCAAUUCGUGUUACAAAUGCUAAUGCUCGCCUGCGUAGUGAGGAAAAUGAAUAAAUGUCACAAGGUUCUCUGUAAAUGAUGUAAUAAAAGCUGUUUUGGGAACUGUU